GUAGACGACGCGCACAGUCUGUGGAGACCUCUGAGUGGUGAUAUAUAUGAACAAUGUCAGCCAGCACCUCAUGUCAGGUGCCCUCUCGGGCUUCGCGUCGACGAUAAUACUGCAGCCAUUUGACCUUCUCAAGACGCGUAUACAACAGCCGGACCACCUCAACAAGCUCAAGCCGUCGCUGUCCCCACAAUCCACCCUCGUAUUUCGGACCGCGCGCGACAUCGUUCAAUCGAAGGGGGUUCUAGGUCUAUGGAGGGGUACUACGGCAUCGCUGUUGCGCAAUGUCCCCGGAGUCGCGCUCUACUUCACGGGCCUCAACCAGUUCCGCGCGUUCCUCGCCACGUCGCCCUACUUCGCGCCCUUGCGCGCGCCAUCCGCGUCCUCCUACUCCACAUCGACUUUGCCGAAGUUGACUCCGCAAGGGAAUCUCCUAGCCGGCGCGGUCACACGCGUCGCGGUUGGGUUCCUGCUCAAUCCCGUGUCUGUUCUGAAGGCCCGCUAUGAGAGCUCCCUGUACACGUACAACUCCCUACCACAAGCGUUUAUGGGCAUCAUGCGUUCCGGCCCCUCCGAGGUCUUCCGAGGCGCAGUUGCGUCCUCCCUCCGUGACGCGCCGUACGCGGGUAUAUUCGUAGUGUUCUACGAGCACAUCAAGAACACCAUGUCGAACGCGGUGUCCUCGGCGCCAAACGCGGCUGGCCUCCCAAUACCGAUCUCGACCUCUGCGGCGGUCAACUCGGUAUCGGCGGCGUCUGCGGGCGCGCUCGCGACACUCGCGACGCAGCCGUUCGACGUGCUGAAGACGAAGAUGCAGGUCCGCUCUGAGAUCAAGUACCGUGGGCUACUGAGCACCGUCAGCGCGAUAUGGAGGGGCUCGGAGGUGCUGAAUCUAGACGGGGUGCAGCAACGCGGGGUCGCCGGGUUCUUCGACGGGGCGACGUUGCGUAUGUCACGCAAGAUCUUCAGCUCGGCGAUCGGGUGGGCGGUAUAUGAGGGCGUGCUGGUCGCCAUGCGCUCUGAGAGACCUUGA